AUGCCAGCGACAUUCGCGGACAGUCCAUCAAUAACUGAAACACUCCCGCGCCAGCGGAAACCUUCUCCUCUCCCCCCGGGAGCCAUUGCGGAAGAACCAGCAACACCAGAGAAAGUCCUCUUCGAUGACGGUACCCCCAUUCUUGUCUCUUACGACGACAUCCCCGAGUGGUUUCAAGACAAUGAAUUUAUUCGGCAUGGCUAUCGACCCGUCUCCAAUUCCACCCAUGCGUGCUUCGCGAUUCCAGCCGUCUUCUUCCUCGCAUCAGAAGGCAUGUUUUACCAGUAUCUUCAAGUCAGAUACCCAGAAGCCACGUUAUCCGACCACGCCAUCUUUGCCUUCUUUCUCCUGACUGCUGUUAUAUGUUUGGGUCUGUCGACUACCUAUCACACAUUAAUGAUUCACUCCCUCCAAGUCUCGGAAUUGUGGUUACGACUCGACUUUGUUGGCAUUAUUGUUCUGACCCUGGGAGAUUUCGUCUCGGGUAUCUACAUGGUCUUCUAUUGCGAGCCUCUAUUGCGACGGAUAUACUGGGGCUUGAUAAUCUCACUGAGCUGCAUCACAAUAAUGAUCCUCGUGAACCCCAAGUUUCAAGGACCCCGUUGGCGCACCUUCCGUGUCUGCAACUUUGUGGGUACUGGACUAUCUGGCUUCGCGCCUCUGAUCCACGGUAUCAGCAUCUAUGGCUUUUCCCAAAUGAUGGUACAGUCCGGCAUGCCAUAUUACCUAGGCGAAGGAGGGCUCCUCAUUCUAGGUGCACUUCUUUAUACUAUGCGCAUGCCAUAAUCAAUCAAGCCUGGGAGAUUUGAUAUUUUCGGUUGCUCUCACCAAUGUUCUGGUCGUCCUUGCCACGGUUGUUCAGCUAGUUGGUAUUCUCUCCGCGUUUGAUUAUAACUACAACCAUGGCGAAUGUAGGCUGCCAUGACGUGACGAUUUCU